ACGGUGUUAAAUAACUCAUAAACGUAUGGCGUCUCAUGUCAAAGUAGUAUUUUCACAUUAAACAAGAAGUUCGAGUGUCGAAAGCCGAGACGUUAAGGAUUGAAAUUUCUACACGCAAAACCAGCUUUAGCUUUUGUGAUUGUGAUAGACAGUGAUAGGACGGGGUUGAUCAAAUUUCGAUGCACUAAAUGCACAGCAGCGCAUGCAGAAUUUAGGUUGCAUAGAUGGCACACUGUCUGGAUAUCCGUAAUGAUCCCGGCGCACAAGUAGAAACUGGUUUUGAGACCGAAGAAGUUGUAUCGGAGAAAAAGCUGAAAACUGCUAUGGAAUAUUUGAAGGAGAAAUCAGCAUUCUGUUUCCUACACAGAGAAAAAGAAGUAUCUCUAUUCUGUAGAUCAUGUGACCGACUGGUAUGCACAUCCUGUCUCAUAGAUGGGGACCAUAGUAACCACAAAUUUUGCGAAAUGGAUGAUGUUGUCACAACAAAAAGAAAAGAGUUGAAUGAACGGUUGGAGCAGACAACUGAGGAAAUGGUCAGUAAAGUUCAACAGAAUAUCAGAACCAUCACAAUGAAGAAAGAAAAUGUGGUGGAAAUUUGCAAAAAUGUGUCUGCAGAAGUCGACAACAGAAAGAUGGAAUUAUCCACACUGCUGGAAGUUUGGAGUCAAAAUCAACAGUCGCUGAUUAAAACCCAUCAGGAAAAUCAACUUAAACGUCUCGAUAUGAGCGCUGUCAAUUCAGAGAUAAGUCUUGCAAUUCUGGAAUCGUUUAAAAGAAAUCCAAAAUAUGAUGAGAAUAUCAACGGCACAAAUCUUGUACAUGUUUUAGAAAUGCUUCAAAAUACGACUGGUGUACCAACCGGGGAUACAUUGGAAGGUUCUCAUGAAGGGAAAUCGCUAACGUUUAGCACAGAAAUGGGGAAUGCUGAUAAAAUGGAGCAGUGGUUUGGCCAAGUGACUGGAACUGCUUCGUUAGACAGUCCUAGUAAAACAUCUACCAAGUUCAGGUUUUGUGAUUCACAAAUUGAUCAGAUCUCGCCGAUAAGCGCCAAAAAAGCCUUUGUGGUAACGACAAACAAGCUGUACCUUGUCGAUACAACACUGGUUAAAUACAUGCAGACGGACAUUAUUCCGGUUAUGACCAAUGUAAAGUACAUCACUCCCGUCACAGAACGCGGAAUAUACGUACAACAGACCUGCAGUACCGCCAUCAAACGUGUGACAUCGGAUGGUCAGUUACAUCACUUUGUUGAUUUCAAAACUGACCAGAAUUACAAGUAUUCUCUGCAAACUAUUCGCAUCUCACAUUCUGGAAUGAUUCUACUGGCCAUGGAAGUAACAGGAUAUGAAAAAGAAGAACAAUUUCAUGAAUACAACAACAACGGUAUCAAAUUAUCAAUUCUAAACAAUAGCAAGCGUUAUAGAGAACAACGCAGCGAGAGUGUCCACACAGCAUCGGCCUUUUACAUGCUGGACACUUCCCAGGAACUUCCCCUGAUUCAGUUCCAGCCAGGAAAUGUCGUGAAUAUAGAAACUGGGGGAAAAUAUGAGGGAGUUAUAGGACCUGAGCCAGCCAAAAUAUUCCAUCCCAGAGGACUAUGCAAGGAUCAAGACGACCGUCUUAUCGUUUCCGAUUACUGGAACCACACCAUUCACCAGUUAACAUGCGAAGGAAAGUUCCAAAAAUUCUUGAUGACGGAAUACGACGGACCGGUGUAUCCAACCGCAGUUGGCAUUGACAACAUUAACUGGCUGUGGGUCGCUCAGAGUGAUGGACACAUCCACGUCGUCAGAUACAUCCCGUAGUAUAGCAAUCGCUUUAUACUGGUGUAACCAAAGCAACCGUUAACUCCAUAGAAGUACACAAUGUUUAGUGAUAUCAUUAUGUCCCUCAUUAAAUACAUUAAGAAAAGUAAAUCUUAAAUUGUGUACGUUUAUCAGGCCCAGGGGACACAAUAUUUUGGUUGACAUUAUUUUCUCUUGGUCGUGUCUAUAUUCAUUGAAACUGUUGACAUGGACAGUUCUUGUAGAUGGAAUUGCCUACCAUUGCCGAUCCAGGAUAGCGAGAAAAGUCCGAGGGGUGGAAUUUAACGUGAAAACGUUUUGGCCUGCUGCCAUAAAAGGAGUAACCCGGGUUUCAAUGAGCCCCUGUAAUACUUCAGCUUCUGUAUAUGACAUGUAUAUCCCGGUACAGUAUGAAUUUUAAAUGAGACAUGCAGUUUAUUUAGCGGAAUUUUAUUAGAAUCCAUUAUUUCUGCUUUACUAGCGGUUUUAUUUCCUAAUAACGUUAAGAAUCAUUUAGGUUUGUCGUUUGCAGAUAUUACAUGGUCUGUCAGUAUAUAUGUAACAUAACCCAAUAUUGAUAUACACUGUUUUUAUAUUCUUCAGGAAAAAACUCUUAAAAAAAGAUAAGAUUCCAGAAUGUUGCUAUUGUUUUGUCAACUACUCAGUACCUAUACUUUUUCUCGUGUUUUUUUUCUUUUUUGACACUGAUAAUAUGUAAACAUUUAGUGUAAAUCUCAUUGUAAAUACAUGUAAUAAGAAAAUCAGCUGGUUGACAUGGUAAUGCAUGAUUUUCAAGACAUAAACUUUAGGGAGAACUGUAAGAUGGAUUGGUAUUCCUAUUCUUGUUUGCUGUUCAAAACCAUGAACAACUUUUAAAAAGAAUAUUCAGAACAGCUUUGUCUUGAAUUUGUGAUGCCAUCAGAUUUUUGCCCCAUUUAUUCAGUGUGUUACAUGACUGCAGAAAUGUGUAUUUGUGUGUAUAUUUUAUUAUGAUAAUCAUUUUGAAUCCUACAACAUGUAAACCUAAUAUUGCUACAGCAAUAUCCCCAUGGUAUUCUCAACCUGUUUACCAAAUGUUCUCCAUUAACAGGUAAUGAUAUCAAACGAGUCUAGCACUGUUUUUUUUUUUAUACCAGACGUUGGGCUUUGUCCAGUCCAUGAUAUCAGAUUUGUACUAUGGUGUAACUUUUACCUAUUAAUGAACUUAAUGCACUUAACAUUGAUUUAGAUACAUCCCUAUCAUACAAAUAAUAGGGAAUUAAUUUUAUGGAUGCAUGUCUGGGGACAUAAUAGGUAAGGGCGUUUGUUGCAUAGUUAGCAAGAUUCAUAAAGUAUCUUUAUGGUUGAAAGAUGUUGACUAGAUGAUACUGAAAAUUUUGCAUUUAUAUGUCCUUUGAUGAGGUAAAUAUUACAGAGACCUAUUGACAGUGCACUGCAAAUUGCCUGUGGCUGAUGCAAAUACUGCAAAUUUCAUCAAGAUAUCUUUAACAGUUUCCCUGAAAAGAAAUUAUUAGAGAAACCAGCAAUAACAAAGUACUUCUCCCUUGAUUCGAAGGGAAGACAUAAAACAAUCUAGAUGUGCCUUCUUUACUUAAUUUCAAGUAAAGUACCAGCAAAUAGGCUAUAAUUUAUACGCUGGUUCAGUAUAGAAAGAACAACACCACUAAUAUAUUUAAAUUGUUUUAUUAGUACACAAAACAUUACUAUUAUUCUUGUUAUGUUUUUCUUAUUGUCUCAUUUUUUGUCUAAAAAUAUGCCAAUAUUUUGUGUAUUUUUUAGCCACCCGAGAUAGGUCCAUAUGUUGCCAGAUUAACAUAUCACACAAAAAUUUCAUGUUAUUUGCAAAUUUAUUGGCUUUGUAUGACCAGGCAAGUAUACACCUAAGUAUAUGUGUAUUUUAUAAGAGUUAAGUUAUUGACCAAAACAGCCUCUUAUUAUCCAAGUUAUAAAAUGUUUAAAAAAGAAAAAUGUAGCACGGUUUUUAACAUGUCACCCACUGUGAAUUAGUCCUUAUAUUUCUGGUCAUUACUUGUAUCAUAUUUGAUUAAUUUUUCAAAUUGUCUUGAUUUUAUUUCCAGGCAAUUAAUUUCAAAAAAGGAAACCACAAUUUAAAAACAUUGAUAAAGGGUAAAACAGUUAUGCUCGGAUAGUUCAUUUACAGAAGAAAAAGAAAUGUGAUACAUUAAAUAUAUGCUAGUUACAAUGACGUUGUUGUAGGACAGUACACGUUCAAAUCACCCUAUUUAAUUAAUUUACAGCCAUGUCUGGUAAAAUUGAAAGUGUACAUCCGUGUUUGUUAAUGCAAUGACCAGACAA